AUGGCUGCGCCCUGCACAAGGAUGGCGAGUCGGUCUCUCUUACAGUUUCUAUCUUGUUUUAGCAGGACAGCAGUCGGGAACACAGGUUUCCGUCCGUUUUCCAGCACCUCUGUUUGUCGUGCGACUUUGCAGAUCAAAAAUGCAACAGAAAGAGCGAGUUCUCCGUGGACUUUGAUGGCAGCGGUGUGUCUGCGAAGGCUUCCGGUCGUUUCAGCGGACUGCAGCCCGAUUGAGCAGCAGUUCAGUCAGAUGAUGCAGCAGAUGGAGCUGGAGAAAAGCUUGCUGUCAGACCACGAGCUGCAGCUGCUGGAGGAUGCUGAGAGAAUGCAUCGUAAGCAGGCACACGACUAUGACUCAGACGAAGAGGACGACCACAGGAACCAGGAGAUCGUGUUGGCUCAAGACCUGGAAGACUCCUGGGAGCAGAAACUGAAGAGCUUCCAGCCAGCGGCGAGGGUCAGAGCUGAUGUAGAUAAGGACCUGACCUCACCGGAGCGCUGCCUGGCUGACUCGCUGCUUCUUCUGGCCGAGCAGCAGGUCAGUGGCAAGAAGCUGUGGCUGCUGCCUCAGACUCAGUGGCAGGAAGGAGAAUCGCUGCGGCAGACGGCCGAGAGAGCCCUCGCUUCCCUGCCAGCUGGCUUCAAGGCGACUUUCCUCAGCAACGCCCCCUGCGGAGUGUACAAGUACAAACUGCCCAAAGCUGUUCGGACGGAGAGCUCGGUCGGAGUAAAGGUGUUCUUCUUCAAAGCCAUUCUGUCGGGCGGUGGUCCUCCCGUAGCCCCAAAUGCCUCUUUUCUGUGGCUGAAGAAAAGUGAAUUGCAGCGCUACCUGAAACCGGCGUACAUGAUGAAGGUCGACAGAUUUCUCCUCGAACUGUGACGACUGGGCAUAGAACAGGGACACUGAGUUACACACCGAUAUUUAUGAGGCUUAGAAAGUUAUGCUUGCCUCUUAUCUGUCAUCUUGUGUCAUAAAAUGCUCUUCAUUCAGUACAUGCAUUUCAUUGUAUAAAUAAAUUGUUUUUUUCA